AUGAACAUUUCUGACAUCUUGAACCACCCGCAAACCAUCAGCCGUCCCACGUCUUGCUUCGAUGCAGCAGAAACCCGACUCACUUCGCCACCACUCUCUCCCAAAUCAACCAUCACUACAACAUCAUCGACCACAAACGAGUUCAGCUACGAUCCACAACUCUUGCAAGUACACGGCAAACCACGCAGUCGCUUCUCCGAUAUUGAAGAUGCGAUCAUCUGCGACGGUGUCGCCAAAGGCUUGACAUGGGGCCAGAUCUCCCGCCAGCUCCCGCACCGCAAACGCGCUACGUGUUUCAACCGCUACAGAACGUUGCAGGGAAUUCGCAAGUCCCGCAAGCGAGGACCUACCACCGCUGCUGCUGCUGCUGCUACAGAAAGCUGCAUCAACAACAGCAACAAGCAGACAAUGGCACCACCAUCGCCGGCAACAACAUCAUCCGUUUCCUCAGCUUCUGCCUCACCACCAUGGUUCCCAUCAACCCCGCCCGGCUCCUCCUCGUCUUCCCCCGUGACAACCUGCUCCUCUUCCGUUGCAGAUCCAACUGGUUUCCAUCUUCCAUCGCCACGUCAAAUCUUGCUCAACACCGAGGAUCAUGCAAUCGCACAGUCUUCGUCCGAUCAGUGCCAACCCUCGCUUCGCUUACCUCCGCUCAUUGUACCUACCGCUCGCUAUCCCUCUCAAGCUCCCUAA